UGUCAAAGUGAUUGUGAUAACAUAACCUCUAAAUCCUAUUCAAUAUUGGAAUUAUUCAAUUUAAAUUUUCAAAAUGCAAUUAACAUUAAGGCUGUUGGCUAACAGACAUCCGUCCUUCAUUGCCAGGACGGUAUUUGUGAAGAACAACAACGUAGACGAUGCUUGCAGGCUGGUCAAUAGAAUCUUGGGCAAAGAAGGCAUCUUGGAGCAGUUCAGGCUAACCAGAUACUAUGAGAAACCCUUCCAGACGAGACGACGGAUCAACCAUGAAAAGUGCAAAGCAAUCUACAAUGAAGAUAUGGAGAGGAAAAUUCAAUUUGUGCUCCGCAAGAACAGACAUGAACCCUUCCCUGGAUGCCACUGAUGAACUAUGAAUUUUAUGUUUUCUAAUCACAACAAAUGCAGUCGUAUGUCCAUGAAAAGGGUAAACUCUAAUAAUAUCAGCCACCACAAUACAUAGCUGGCGGAUCUAAGAGUAGUUUACAUUAGACUUUGUUCACUAUGUAU